AUAUAAUAAUUAAGGUUAGAUUUUUUGUUUUUUACAAUUGUGUUAAUAAUUGUAUCUCCUCUCUCCAGCAAAAGUCUGAUAUUCUCACAUUUCUGUCAUGAGAUAUCAGCUUGAAGCUUUUUCUGUGAACUGAAGGCAGAAUUUGGAAUUGAAGUUUUGAAAAGUGUAGCUCUAGUUGAUUCUUCAGAAGUAAGAAUGAUGGCUCUUGGACCAGACAAAGUGGAAAAGGUUUUAUGAGAUUUCAAAGACUAGAGAACAAACCAUAUCGAAAAUAAAAAUAAAACUUCAGUAGAACUUGGUGCUUUAUUAUUCAUACCUUAAUUUUUUUUUAAACAGUUACAACUUGUAAGAUCUAUUUUCUUGCUGUUUCAUGAUUUGUUAUGUGCCGCAGUUUGGCACACAUUUUGGUUAUCAAAAGGAAGUUUCAUUCUAUAUUGGAAUUGUGUUUUUAAGUACUUGAAGUGUACAUAUUGUUGGACCUUGUUUAAAAAGAAAUGUUGACUGUUAUAUUACAUCACAUUGUUUUGGGGAAGUAGUUUGAGACGAAAGAAACCUAAUUUUAUAAUUUGAGAUGUUAUUACUUCUGGUUGUCUUUUUUCAAAUAGAUUGAUUGUGACACAAAUUGAUAAGCUUUAUUCUAAAAGACUAGUUACCAAAAUGUAUGGGUUUCUAAAGAACAAAAAUCUUAUUAAAGAGUCCUUAGAGCUGAGUAUAGUUGUUAUCUGAAGUGCAGUGUUGAUCUUUUACUCCAAAAUGAUGACUGAAGAAAAUGUACCCAGGUACAACCAACAGAAAUCUCAGCAUGUCUCACUUUCACACGGACUUGAAAGACAGUUGCUGGAAUCAUUGUACAAUGUAUUUGGAUUCCAAGGUUUCAGAAACGAGCUUCAAGAAAAUGCGGUCAAGACUAUAGCUUCAGCAGGUCAGGAUGUUUUUGUGUCUAUGCCAACUGGAGCUGGAAAGUCCUUGUGUUAUCAACUGCCUGCUCUGGCUGGAGAGCGAAGUGGGGUAACUGUCGUCAUUUCACCAUUAAUUGCGUUAAUGACAGAUCAGAUGCAACAGUUGAGAUCUUUGGGUAUCUGUGCUGAGACCCUAAAUUCCUCUAUGAGUAAAGAAGAAAGAAAUCGAGUUCGUAAAGACUUGUAUUCACCAUGUCCUUGUACCAGACUUUUAUAUAUUACUCCAGAGCAGGCUGCUACAGAAGGUUUUCACACAAUAUUAAAUCAGUUGAAUAAAAAUUAUAAAUUUGCUUAUGUGGCUGUAGAUGAAGCCCACUGCGUCAGCCAGUGGGGUCAUGACUUCCGGCCAGAUUAUCUUAGAUUAGGAGAGUUACGACAAAAAUAUCCCAAAGUACCUUGGAUUGCCUUAACAGCAACAGCGUCUAUGUCUGUCAUGAAUGAUAUUCUACAACAUCUUUAUUUAAGACCACCUGUAGCUAUUUUCAGAGCCUCAAGUUUUCGUCCCAAUAUAUAUUAUGAUGUUGUGUUCAAAGAAUGCAUGGAUGACCCAUAUGAGGAUUUGAAAUCAUUUGCCAUGUUAUCACUAGGAGAAGAUUGGGAAGAAACACCACCUGUUAGUAGGGGUUGUGGUAUUGUGUACUGUCGAACCAGGGAAGCAUGUGAAGAAGUUGCACUCAAGUUAACCAAGAUGGGACUUUUCACAAGACCAUAUCAUGCAGGAGUCAAAAACCGAGCAAUAAACCAGAAUGACUGGAUGGAGGGAAAAUUUCCUGUAAUAGCUGCAACAAUUAGUUUUGGAAUGGGGAUAGACAAACCGACUGUUAGGUUCGUUGCACACUGGUCAGUUGCUCAGUCAGUUGCAGGGUAUUAUCAGGAAUCUGGGAGAGCAGGAAGAGACGGUCAGUCUGCUUGGUGUCGCAUAUACUACUCUCGAGCUGAUAGAGAUUCUAUUCUUUAUCUUCUGAAAAGAGACGAGCAGUCAGCCAAGACCCAGGAGGAAAAGUUCAAAGCUAACUCUGCUUGUAAGAGUUUUAAUAGAAUGAUUAAAUACUGUGAAGAAGCCCAUUGCAGACACUCGUUACUGGUGAAAGAGUUUGGGGAUGAAGUGCAAAAUUGCAAGAACAAUUGUGAUGUUUGUUGUAAACCUAGGGUAGUUGACCGAAAACUUGUUAACUUUCAAGGCACUUUAAUUUCCAGCAAGAAGAGAUCCAAUUUUCAAAUGGAAGCAAAUGAUUUUGAUAAUGAUUUGUAUGGCGGAGGAAGGAAGGGGCAAAAGACUGAAAAUAUGGAUUAUGAAAAUUCACAUGAAGAUGAUUAUAGUGAGGAUCAAGAAAAAAGAGCAGCUAAAGCUUUAUCCAAUACUAUUAAAAACGAAUUUGAAAAAAGAAGAGGUCAUAAAAAGAAUAAUGAAAAGAAGAAUCGACCAUACAAGAAUACCAGGGUGUUAGAACCAUUCAGUUCUUUUAUCCCAGAAAUUGAUAUUAGCAUCCGGGAAGAAUACUUGACAAAGCUAGAGGAAGAUGUCAAUGCUAAUUAUAAUGCAUGUGCUCCUUUACCUAGUGGUUUUCGGCUUGAUAAACAAGAUCUUCUAGACUGUGCUGCUGAUAAGGAGUUUGGAAUUUUCAAAACAAAGAAAAACGUACACAUGUACAGAAGAGAAUUUGCAUUACUUUUCAAGGCCUUAAAGGACUCUUCAAAAAAUCUUGAGCUUCAUCCAAUCUUGGUGUGCUUUGAUGGAUCUCAAAGUCCUGCAAAGAAGGCUCGUGAAGGCAGUUCAUUAGGCAGGAAAAGUCAGUCAAAAGAAAGACUAUAUACAUUAUACGAUUGUAUAGCAAAAUCUAGGUCAUCACUCCAAGAUGAAAUUAACUUGUCUACUUCUGAGGAACUUUUCAUUGAUUCAGGUAAUACUACUGACACACUCUCGAGGUCUAGUAGCUACAGUUCCUCAGCAAAAAGUUUAAAUCAUAGCUAUCCUAGUAGCAUCAGUACCUUUACAAAUACAUUGAAUACACCAAGACAUGGUGAAUUUCAAGACUCUAAAUUGGGUAAGGCCCAUAUAGUACUGAGUAGUCCUGAAGGAAAGAAAAAAGAGAGUUACUGUUCUUUUGAAAAAGGACCGUUAGCUUUGGAAAUGACAGUGGAAACUCCGGUACAAGACUUGGAGAAACAAGAAGCUAAUUGCUCUAAAGAUGUAGGUUCUACUUCCAUUAAAACUAAUCACUCCAAAGAAGCAGGUUCUACUUCCAUUAAGCCACUUGUGAAAUAUUUUUUUGAAACUAGUGACAAAACUGGGAACGAUACUGAAAGCUUCAGUAGAUGGUUGGGGAAAGAGGGUAAAUCCAUUGCUUCGGAUACUCGAAACAGCAAAGAUAGUUUUCCAGUGAAACGCGAAUGUUCUAGCACCAAUGGUACUGUGCCAGUAAGUGUGGGGAAAAAAACCAAGAUUGUGGCUAAUCCCGAAAAACUAAAAACUGCUGCGGAUCUAGUGAGGAAGUUUCUGAAUCCAAAAUACAAACAAAACAAGCUAAGCAAAGAAGUGUUUAAAAAAAUAUGCAGGACUUUGUCCCACAGAUUAGUUGAUAAGAAUCUCGUAUCAGAGAAGCAUGCCAGAGAAGCCGUUGAUGAAAUAUUUCGGAAACGGAAAGUAUAUACUUCAUUAGAUGAUAUAGUGGAUAUUUGAAUGUAUUAUCUACCCAGAAUAACGAGGUACUUCGUGAGAUAUGUGUAUCAUUGAUAUUAUGUUAUAGGGCUGAAAAACUGGGCAUGCCUGCAAGUUAGACUAAAUUUUGCAAAUGGAGGAAGAAAAAAAACUUUCGUCGCACGAGUUUAUUUGUAUUUACAGUUGUAAACUUUCUAUUUGUUUAAAGCUGUAUAUUUAAUCCUAAGUUUUCUAAAUAUUCGUAGUUUGUGGUGUAAAAGAAAAAAAUUAUUCUUAAGAAAAUGUUUUUUGUUCUUUUAAGCUUAAAAAAGUAUAGAGUGCUUAUAAUUCAACACAAUUCUUAUAUUGUGAAAAAUAUAAAUAUAGAUUCUGUUUUAAACACUAGAUGGCGAGACGAUAGAAUUUUUCUUGUGAAUAUGGUUGCUUCAUUUGGGACAUUAAAGAAACUUAAAAAUAUACCAUUAUGAAAUGUAUCUAUAGAUUCUAAUGUGAUAUUUGACUGUAUUAGUAAAUUCUUUGAUUUUUUGUAGAGGUUUCUAUAAAAAUUCAUGUAUAGUUUGUUCAUCACUUUCGUUAAUAUAUUUUCGUCUAUUUUCAUUCAUAUCUUAAUUGAACAAUAAAUUGGAGAAGCUAUUAAAAGGUGAGGUAUUUUGUUUACAUGAUCUAAUAGCGAUCUGCGCAUGUGCUGGGUAGUAUACAAGUGUAAAAUGUAUAGAGGGAGAUGCACACGAGUUACGGUUUAAUUUGGAUAUUACUGAAUAAUUUGUCAAUAUGUUUUAAAACGUGUUUUAUUACUAUUUCAGUAUGACGAUGUUUGAUAGGCUUGUAGAGAUUUUGCUAAACAUAAUAUUGUGGUAGUUUGUGAAUAAAAUAAAUAUAUCUACAGAUAUAAGAUUUGUUUGUGAUUUAAUAACAGAUAAAAGUUAUUAACUCGUUAAGUAUACAUUUCUAUGUGAUUUAGUUAACGUCAAUGCUGUGUGGUGAUUCACUAUCUUAUUUGUCGUACCAGCAGGAAAGAACUGUUGAUUUCAACUCCCUGGUUUUCUAUCAAAACAUAAUAUCACAGACUUACGUACGUCUAAAUUUUUUCGAUAUUCGAGUUUUUUAUCUAGUUAUGGAUACUGGGUAUUUUUGUUUCCUUUUUUGUUGUUGUUGUUUUAGUAACAUUGUCCAAAAAUGUAGUAAAGGAGUUUGUUUGUUUGUUUGUUUGUUUCAGACGAAUAUUUUCUAGAAAAAUAAAAAGAUUUC